AUGUCAAUCCGAAUUCCCCACGGUUUGGCCCAACAUUGGCCCGAUUUUAUUGUGAAAGCGAUCGCCAGCGUCGCGGUGACGGCUCACAUGUACAGUGUGCUCUCGUUUCCAAUUUUCUUCGUCUAUCGCCUGUUUAUCCUCACGAACAAUGUCGCCUACGGUCAUUAUUUCAAUAAACGAAACAUGCUUUUCACCUUUGUCGUCAUUUUCCUCAUGUCCGCCAUGGAGGGAUCGUUUUUCUUCUUCGCAAAUGUCGAUUAUGAGUCACUUUUCGAAAAACUCAACCGCACAUCAAACGCUUUGGAUCAAUUCAAAGAGCAACCAGUCACCCAUUUGCAAGUCCUCUACACGACCACCCAGAAUCCGGCUGUAAGAUCUCAAAACGGCGCUGUGAUGGGCGUGAACGGUCAAAUGCAAACGGUGAACGACAUCGCCAUGCAAGAGGCUGUCAAGAGUUUGCAGAAACGAGUCACCAUUUUCGGCGACGAUUUCAGCCGAAAUCCGAUUGUGACGCUUUUCCUUGCGAUCGCAUUGGGCGGUCAUCUUUUGGCCUACAUCGUCGUCCUUCUCUGCGCCCAUUUGAUGCUCAAAGCUCUGCAGCGAAAAUCGGGCCAAAUCUCAUUCCAAGCCCGCAUGUCGCACGAGGUGCUCGUGCAUGCGAUUUUCGCCGAAGCUUUCAUCCCGUUAACCUUCACGGUGCCGAUUUUGGCCAACUCGAUUCUUUGUUUCAUCUACACGGACAGCCUCGCCUGGCAAGAGUUUUUGCCGGAGUAUCUAAUCGCGAUCGUCCCAUUGUUGACACCGAUCCUCUCCAUUCUUUUCAUCAAACCCUAUCGACAUGUGGCGCUCAACUAUUUGACUUUUGGUCUACGCGAGAAGCAGUUCAACUCAUUUGACUCUCCAGGAACAUUCAAGCUAGUUUUCACCACCAACUUCUUGCGCUUGGUUUUUGGUACUAGUUCUGGCUCUACAUUUCUCAAAAGACCGACGAUAUUGCCGAAAGUUUUCACUUUACCGCAU